GGAUCAUAGGUCACUUCUCACAAAGCGUAUCAUCAAGUUCCUACGCCUAAUCAUAUAGAUACAUCUUCUUCACAUCGACUGGUAUCGUAAAAUGGCUUUUUCUAUCAAGAUUGCAGCUGCCAUAAUCACUUUGUUGGCGUUGGUAUAUUGCGAUAACACACCUCAACCUCACUACCAAUGUCAAUGUUGUCCUAGCGAUGGUACAGCAUGUUACUCCCAGCCUAGUUUUUGCUCAGGCUACCAUAACUGCACAACCAACAUAGCGGAUUAUUUAUGCGAUGCUUCCGGUGGAUCGUGUCAUCCAAGCCAUAACAAUACUCGGGCAGAAAGAUAUUUUCAAUGCGGUUAUCAACCAUGUUAUGGUGAAUUUAAAUGUGUGACUAUUUUCUUUAGUGGCAAAACUCAAUCAGGAAGCUCGUCAACUUUGAUCCCGUCGAGUGUUGAAAAGGGACAAGAAGCGUAGCAACAUCCCUCACUUUAUUUGACUUUUGUAUGCGUGUGUGCGUGGCUCUUUAUCUAUUUCUCUGGGCGCGCGUUUCUACUGUAUUUCAAAGUCUCAUACACUCAUACAUUAUGGUAUAGCGCAAUUUGGAAGAUUGAUUUGUCGUGUUCUGUUUGUGCUUGUCUUUUAUCCUGGGUCAUAAAUGUCUUGUAUGGCUCUUAUACCUUUGAGCCCACUCGAAUGACACGUCACUCACAGCC